AUGUUUGUGGGGGUGCCGCCGACGGUGUCGCUCUUCCGACACUUCUUUGUGCUGCGGCCGGCCGAGAAGAAGAGGGGCUUCUCCACCGCCGACGUCGCCGACUGCUGCAAUUUCCGGGUGCGGGACGGCCUGGGGGAGCAAUUCCCGGGGGUGGAUGAGGCGACCGGCCGCGCUCCGACUGCCCCCGGCGGGGACGCCGCCAGAAGCAGGCCGCAGACGAGCGGCGAGGAGGCCGCAAGCAGCCCAGCGCAGACCGGCGGCCCAGGCGCCGCGGGUGGCGGGCCGCAGGCCAGCCGUGGGGCUGCUGAUGGAAGCAGCCGCCAGGCCGGUGGAGGAGGCGCCGCCGGCAGUGGGGCGGCGACAGCGCCGGGGUACAAAGGGAAGCGCCCCCGGACUUUCGCUCCUACGCCGACGUCUUCGUCGUCGUCGUUGCAACCGCGGCAGCGGCCGCUGGCGGGUGGCGCGAAGGAGGCAGGCCGGGGCGGCCAACCGUCCGGCGCGGGGCCGGCGAUGGAGGCAGCAUCUGCGGUUUUGGAACCAGACCUUGAUCUGCUUGGGCUUGGUCUGGAACCCAGAGACCAAGGCUGGCUCGGGAGCACGGGCACAGCGAGUGCCCAAGCCGGCCCGCCGGAAGAGACGGACCCCACGGCGGCCCCGCAGAGCCUCCCGUGGAAGAAGAGGAGGGAGGAUUCCGAGCCAAAGCCAUCAGGCCCAGAAUACAGGAUCCCGGAAUCAAGAUGGCCGCCUAUAGACACCGCCGGAGACCAAGGAUGGCCGGAGGCGCCGAGGCCGGCUUUAGCCCCUGAGCUGAGCGCACCAGUGGAGCCAGAGCCGCUGAGCAUGCGGGAGGAGCCGGAGCCGCAGAGUGCGCCGACAGAAACAGAGCCACAGGCGCCGCCCUGCCCUGAGCCGAUGGCAGAGGUCGCGCCCGAGCAACCGGCGCCGGCGGAGCCCGCCCCGAGCACAUCGAGUGUGGUGCCUGCGUGGCAGUAUUCGGGGACCCCGAGCCCCUCAAAGAGGGCUCUCAGGGGACCCAGCGCCCGACCGUCACCCAGCCGGCCUGCAGAACCCCUCUUGGACGUGCUAGGAAGCGCCCGGGAGGUGAUCGAGCGGCUAGAGGCGGCCGUGGUGGGGGAGAAGACGCAGCUUGAGGCGGGCCGCACCGCCCUUCUUGAGGUGAGGGAGCGACUGGCCGAGGGCAGACGCCUUUUUGAGGCCCGCGUCACCGCGGCACGCGCCGUCAACGAGAAUGAGCGGCGCGUGAUAGAGGCGGAGCGGGAGGCCCUGGAGGAAUUUCCAAAAUAUAUUAUCAUGGAUGUGCGUUCGAAGCUGCACCUAAUGCACGGCUAUCCACAGACAGACGAACUCCGCAAUGUGCUGGCCCGUGAUGUUGCCAGGGAGCACGAGAUCCUGAAUCCACAAAUCAUCGGUGAUUGCCUCCUGAAGCAUUCGCCGUUUCACCUUGGAAGCAACGAAGAUGAGAGGAGCAAGGUCCCUAGGCCGCUAACCUUGAGCCCAAGCAGAAUGCCAGAGGUAGAUUAUCUCCCUAUUUCCAUUGAUGAUCUCUGUUGA